AUGUCUACAGGCUUAUGCCCGGGCAAACCACCACCCAAACCUAGGCGUGCGACUGUUCGUACCCUACUUGACCCGGCAUCCAACACUGAAACCAACAUAUUAGAUGUGGAAGCCCUGCUACUCCAUCUCCCCUCGCCCAAAACAGUCACCGGCGAGGAAGUCCUUGAGCUCCACGUCCAUGGCGGCCCAGCGACAGUGAAAGCCGUCUUGUCUGCUAUACCGAAAUGCCAGGCCAGCACGCGCAUCCGCUACGCCGAACCAGGCGAAUUCACCAAACGCGCAUUCUUCAAUGGCCGCCUUGAUCUGGCGCAAAUUGAAUCCCUGGGCGACACUCUGGACGCAGAGACGGAACAGCAGCGUCGCGCAGCAGUAAGAGGUAACUCUGGCGCGCUUGGACGAAGCUACGAAGACUGGCGGCACCAGUUACUCCAAGCCCGCGGGGAGAUUGAGGCUCUCAUAGACUUUUCAGAGGACCAGCAUUUUGACGAGUCGCAGUCUGAGCUGCUGGAAAACGUGGCAAGACAGGUAGCCAAGAUUUUGCGCUCCAUCGACCUGCACGAGUUGGGCAGCCAACGAAGCGAGUUGUUGCGGAACGGAAUUCGCAUCGCGCUGGUAGGGCCCCCGAAUGCUGGAAAAAGCUCCCUGAUGAACAUCAUUGUCGGCCGGGAAGCGUCCAUUGUUUCCGGCGAGGCCGGCACUACACGGGAUAUUGUAGAGGCCAGUCUCGAUAUACGGGGGUUUCUAUGCUCCUUUGCUGAUACUGCUGGUUUUCGGUCCAAGACGGAGACGAGCGACGAGGUGAUUGGCGCCGUGGAAGAAGAGGGCAUUCGACGAGCAAGGGCACGGGCACAGGAGUCGGACGUGGUUCUCGUCCUGGCAUCCGUAGAGCCAGGGCCGUCCGGGCCGUUUAUCCACUUCGACAAGGAGACGAUGGCCCUUGCGACCGAGGCACAGUCGUCUCUUGUCGUUGUCAACAAGCAAGACACGGUCGAUGGAGAUGUACUGUCCCAUUUGCUCCGGCAGUUUCGCCAACUGAUUCGCGAGGAAUAUCCGGGUCUACCACAAGAACCAAUCUGCAUAUCCUGCAAAGAAGACGGCUCUGCAUCGAGGGACAGUGGCGUCCAAAGCGUCGUCGACGCACUGGUCGCCUCCUUUUCCCAAAUGACAGACAUGCCGCCCGACAUGCGAGACCUGCUGGGUGUUACUGAGCGACAGCGCCAAUUACUUGCGAAAUGUAGAGGCCAUUUAGAGGAUUUCAUGGGCGAAGCGCAACCGCAAAAGGGGUUAGAUUCAGACAUUGUCCUUGCAGCCGAGUAUCUGAGAUAUGCUGCGGACUGUCUGGCCAGAAUCACGGGCAAAGGUGAGGCCGGGGAUGUGGAGGAGGUAUUGGGCGUGGUGUUUGAAAAGUUCUGCGUGGGUAAGUAG